CGAGUAACGGGGCGAGUAUCGAAACGGGGCGAGUAACGAGCCAAAUAUCAAAAAAAAUUAUGAUACUUGAUACUUGACCCUUACUUGCAAGUAAUGGAAUUAUACUACUUGGUACUUGCCUUGACAACACCGGGUACUUGUUUUUUCAAGACGAGUACGAGCCGAGUAGCGAGUAUCAACCGAGUAACGAGUACUUGUGCCCAGGCCUACGAAAUUGCCAUUGAAAUGGCUCUCAAAGCUUCACCAGUUGCCGGAUUAUUCCCUCCUCUCCGUCCUACUGCUUCUUCUUCCCCUUCGACUUCUAAUCGCCCUUGUUCCCUCAGGGUUCUCCCCCUCAGACCAUCCUUCUUCGGUGGGGCUCUGAGAGUGAAUGUGCUGAGAUUAGCUUGUGCUAAUAGACUCAGGUGCAAUGGUCACGGUGCUACGAUGAAUCUUUUUGAACGGUUUUCUAGAGUGGUCAAGUCAUAUGCAAAUGCGCUCAUAAGCUCCUUCGAAGACCCGGAGAAAAUCUUGGAGCAAACUGUCAUUGAAAAGAAUAGUGAUUUGACAAAGAUGCGUCAAGCCACUGCACAGGUACAGCCCUUAAACGACGAAAGUCUUUUGCUGUAGUUUAUAUCUAUCCAUUCUCUUGUUCACCAGUUUUCUGUUUCUUAAGAUUGCUUUUACUCCAACAAAUGAAAGAACCUAAUCAUUUGAAACGGAAAUGAGAAAGAAAAAACAAAUCUUUUA